AUGAGCCCCAAGAAACUUGAGAAUAGAGAAUGCAUGAGCAGAAUACCAUAUGUAUCAGUAAUUGGUAGUCUUAUGUAUUCCAUGCCAUGUACAAGGCCUGAUAUAGCUUAUGCUAUAAGCAUUACAAGCGGAUAUCAGUUUGACCUUGGAGAAGAACAUUGGGUAGCAGUCAAAAAUAUCCUUAAGUACUUGAGAAGAACUAAGGAUUUAAUUUUGACAUACCUUAGUUUUGAAUUGAAAAUUGAUGGGUAUAUAUACUCAAAUUUCAAAUCAAACGUUAAUGAUAGAAAAUCUACAUCGGGAUUUAUUUUUCUUUGUAAUAGAGGAGCAGCUAGUUGGAAAAGCUCCAAACAAGCUACAACUAUAGAUUCCACUACAGAAGCUAAGUAUAUUUGUACUUCAAAGGCCGCAAAGGAAGGGAUAUGGAUAGAGAAGUUCAUAAUAGAACUUGGUGUGGUUCCAUCAAUUAAGAGCACAUCACCUUUGUACAACAAUGGGGCUAUAACACAAGCCAAGGAACCAAGGUCUCACCAGAGAGCUAAGCAUAUUCAGUGA